AACAACGAAUUAUUUAUAACGUGUUGUGAUUUCAUAAGACGUUUUGAUCGCAAAUGAAUUAUCAAUUGAUCCGCCGAUUAGUGUCUCAAUUGGGCACUCAUUACACCCGAUUCGGUGGACACAACACAUCGAUUAUCGCCUCUUAUCAUGCAUUAAGACAUUUGGAUUCCGAUGACAAACGAUGGUCACAAGCAAUACAAGAAACAACUGGCCGAAGAACCAUCACUUCGCUGAUGAGGGAAUCAAACAAACUCUUAAUUAAUCGUUUGACGGAUAACUUUGUGGACCAGAAGAGGUUUAAAAAAUUUAAGAAAGGAUCCAAACGUGAAGUAAAAGAGGAAACAAGUGAUGAAGAGUCAGAUGAAGAGGAAGAUAGACCUGAAUUGGACACUGAGCUUAUCGAUGGUAAAGCAAUUGGUUUUCAAGAUCUGGACAUGUCUUUGGUGUCCUUACGGGUCGACAAUGUUCUUAAGCAUGGGUUUAAAAUGCAGAGAUCAAAGGCUGAAGAAGCUUUCUAUAAGAAUCUAAUUCGAGUUAAUAGCGAACGAGUGGCCAAAAAGAGCUACGAACUCACCGAAGGCGACGAACUCGAUCUAAUCAGAGGAUUCAACUCUGAAAACCAGGAUUUGUUGGAUGUCUCGCGGAUAAGGAUACAGAAGAUUGAGGACAAGUUGUCACACAAAGAUAGGAUUAAUGUAAAGCUGAGACGGUUUAGAAUACUUUCCAUUGAGAACUAUGAAAGAGAUCCUUACGAUGGACUGGCCAUCAAUGUCAAGAAAGCAGAAGAAUUGGAAAAAUAGUGACUCAUUUGGAAUAAUAUAUCCAAUCAUUUAAUUGUUUUAAAAAAUAACAUUAAAAAUCUAAACUAUCACUGAAUUCG